ACCACUUGUCGCCGAAAUCGGCUCCAAAAAUUCCCCAAUCCCCACUUCAAUUGAAUAGAGAUCACAUAUAUUAGUCAUGAAAAUCAACUGGUAAUUUCACACUGCAAAUUUGCCAUUUUAUCUUUGCAUAAUUGCUUCCUUUCUUCUUCCCUGAGAAAUUCUGUGCUACCAGAAAAUAAAAAUGGCAGAAGCUGUAUUAUUCAACAUUGCCCAGCAACUACUGAACAACAUGAGUUCAGCAGCCAUUGAAGAAGCAGCAACAGCUUGGGGGUACAAAACCCAGCUUGCCAAACUCAACAACACAAUCAACACCAUCAAAGAUGUGCUCUUAGAUGCAGAACAAAGACAACCCAACAGCCAUGCUAUUCAAGGUUGGCUUCAACGGCUUCGUGUCGCGGUGUAUGAUGCAGAUGACCCGUUCGACGAAAUUACCAGCUUAAAUACCCGAAAAGAGGCAUGUCUCUUCUUCUCUAAAAUUAAUCAGCUUCAUGUUGGUAGUAUAAUGGGUAGAAAAAUUAAUAAUAUGAGGGAAAUUUUAGAUGGUAUUGCAAAUGAUGGUGGGAAUUUUGGGUUUAGAUUGCUAGUUGAUGAGGAGCGAGUGAUGGGUAGGAGAAAACGUGAGCAGAGUUAUUCUUUUGGAUGCGAGGAGGAUAUUGUAGGAAGGGAUAGUGAUAAAGUUGCAAUCUUGGAAAUGUUGUUGAAUGAUGAUGUUGAAGAGAGUGUUUAUGUUAUUCCUGUUGUUGGGAUUGGAGGACUUGGGAAGACUACUUUGGCUCAAUUGGUGUAUAAUGAUGAGAAAGUCGAAAGUCAUUUCGAGCUUCAAUUGUGGGUUUGUGUGUCUGAUGUCUUUGAUAUAAGAGUUAUUGUGGAGAAGAUUAUAACUUCUGCUACUUGUGUGAAGCCUUGUGAUUUAGACAUGGAGCAACUGCAACGACAACUUAGGAAUGUCAUUGGUGGGAAGAGGUAUUUGCUUGUUCUGGAUGAUGUGUGGAAUGAGGAUCGAGAAGAAUGGCUUAAGUUGAGAGCAUUGUUGUUUUGUGGAGGACCUGGAAGUAAGGUUUUGGUGACUACGCGAUCUAGGCAGGUGGCCGGGAUCAUGGCAACCGGCUCGUGUUAUGACUUAAGACAUCUAUCAGAAGCUGAAUCUUGGUUCCUGUUUUGUAAGAUGGCAUUUGAAUCUGGUCAAGAGGAUAAAGAUCUAAAGCUGGUUGAAUUAGGGAAGCAAAUUGUAAAGAAGUGUGCCAACGUUCCACUUGCUAUAAGAACUGUUGGGGGGCUUUUAUAUGCCAGGGAUGAGAGAAGGUGGUUAGCUUUUAAGGAUAAUGAGUUAGCUAAGAUAAGAGAAACUGAAAAUAGCAUCAUGCCUAUUUUGAAGCUUAGUUAUAAUCAUCUUCAACCAUCACUUAAGCAUUGCUUUGCGUAUUGUGCUUUGUUCCCCAAAGACUAUGUAUUAGAGAAGGAUAGACUGAUUAGUCUCUGGAUUGCCGAAGGAUUUGUUGUACCGUCGUGUGAAAGACAGAGUUUGGAAGAUGCUGGAGAGGAGUGUUUCACGGAUUUGGUGCAGAAAUGCUUCUUUCAAGAUUUAACAAAAGAUGCACUAGGAGAUAUCAAGAGUUGCAAAAUUCAUGACCUGAUGCAUGAUUUAGCCCUAAAAGAGGCAGGAGGAGAGAGUGUUAUCUUUACCUCUGAUGUGAGGAAUGUAAGUGAAAAUACUCAUCAUCUCUCUGCUGGGUUUAAUUUGACAUCGUUAUGGGAAAUUCCAAGUUGUUUCCUAGAAUUGAAUCGCCUACGCACCUUUCUAUUACCAGAACAAGCAACACUCGGGACAAGGAUUAGGAAGUCAGUUUCUGAGCAAUUAACUUCAAACUUUAGACGCUUGCGAGUGUUGGAUCUACAUGGGCUAGGGAUUGAAAAUCUGUCAAACUCUAUAGGGGAUCUAAUUCAUUUAAGGUACUUGGAUAUAUCCUUCAAUUCGCACAUCAAAGCACUUCCGAAUUCUGUUAGUCGCUUGCAGAACUUACAGGUGUUGAUACUUUCCAAGUGCUAUAGGCUGAGGAAGUUGCCCACAGAUAUCAAAAGGCUAGUCAAUCUUAGGUGCCUUGAUCUUGAUGAUUGUGAUGCAUUGACUCAUAUGCCAGCUGGAAUGGGACGAUUAACUGCUCUCCGUAAGCUUAAUAAGUUUGUAGUAGGCAAUAACUCUGGUGCUUUUAAUCUUAAAGGAUGUGCUCAGCUAAGAGAUUUGAGUUCUCUCAACAAUAUCUCAGGAGAUUUGCAGAUUCUUCUUCAGGGAAAAUGGAAAUAUGCUCUUUCAGAAGCCAAGGAAGCAAAUCUGUGUAACAAAUUGCAUCUUUCGGAGUUGGUAAUAGAUUUUUUUGAGGCAAACUGCAUGUACCAUGAACCAUUGUUUGAAGGCCUCCAACCAAAUUCAAAUAUCAAGAGUCUAGCUAUCACAUAUUAUGCAGGUCAGAGUUUUCCAAGUUGGGCUAGGUUGGAUAAGCUUAACACCUUCCUACCAAAUCUCGUAGAUAUUAAUAUAAGAAAUUGUAAUAGAUGCAAAUGUCUCCCGUCUUUCAGUCAACUCCUUUGUCUUAAACGUUUACAUAUUACCUAUGCCCACAGUGUAGAGUACAUGGAUAAUGCAGGGCUGCAUUUAUCACCCUCAGUGUUUUUCCCAUCCCUUGAAGAACUAAUUCUUGAUCGAAUGGGUAAUUUAAGGGGAUGGUGGAGGCAAGCUGAUGGAAACCAUGAUGUUAUUGAUGUUACAACAGCAUCUUAUCAGCAAGAUAUUGAAGCAUUGCCAUGUUUUCCUCGACUGUCAAAGCUACAGCUACGUAACUGUGCUAAGUUGAGAAUGAUGCCUCUGUUCCCUCAUGUUGAAGAACUUAAGUUGGUGAAUGUUGAUGAGGACUUGUCAUUAAGGAAAGCGGUUGAGAAUUUUACUGCAGCACCUCGUUCAUUGUUAUCAUCAAGACUGAAAACUCUGGAGAUAGACAACAUAGAUCAUUUUAUAUCUCUACCAAAGGAGCAUCUUAAGAAUCUCUCUACUUUGGGUCUGUGGCAGUGUUCUAAGCUCGUGGAUUUGUCAGGACUUGGAGAAGGCUUAAGAAAUCUACCUUCUCUUAGUACUCUUACAUUCUUCCACUGUGAUCAGUUGACAUCUCUAUGUGGAGGUUUACAACAUCUCACAUCUCUUCAGGAGUUGCUGAUUCGAAAAUGCAAGGAGCUUAUCAUGCUAGAUGAAGAGGAAGAGAAUGGCAUGCCAUGGAAAGCUCUCCGGAUGCUUCGUUGUCUGAGACUUCGAUACAUCCCAAAGAUGGUUGCUCUUCCGCAGGGCCUUCAACAUGUGACAUCUCUUCGGUUCCUAGAGAUUGUUGGUUGUGAUGGUUUAACAACACUUCCGGAUUGGAUUAGCUGCCUCUCAUUGCUUCAAUGGCUCAGCAUUAGAGAAUGCUCUAAAUUAAUGGAGUUGCCAGAAGGGUUCGUACAUCUUAGCAAGUUAAAGGAGCUUGAGAUCACUGCAUGUCCAAGACUGACCAGAAGAUGCCGAAGGCCCCAAGGUGAGGAUUGGCUUAAGAUUCAACAUAUUCCCAGUAUUAUAGUCAGGGAGAGUCAUCGGGACAAUGCUUGAUUUUGCAGGAUAAAACUCACCAAACAUAACAAUAUUCCUCACAAAAAA